AUGGAAAUUAUCAAUUAGUUACUUUUUAAGUAUUUUCCAAUUUUCAUUUCUAUGAAAUCUCAAGCAUAUUUACUCUUAUUUAUACAUUGUAAUUAUUUUCAUUUCUUAAUACAGGAUCUUUAAUGGUCUUCUAUUUGAUAUUCAAUUUAAGAAAUAUUUCAUUGUAAAUUAAUUUCAAUUUACUCUUUCAUGCUUUGUAAGAGGUGUAUUUUAUAUAAUGUAUAAAAUAUUAUCUACUUUUUUAUCAAAUAUCAGACCGAUGAUCAUAAUAAGUGUAAAUUGAGGAUUAACUUAAUGGAGAGAGGGAAUAUUGUAUGUGGUUAUUCAGUUUAUGAUCAAAAAAGAGUGGAAUUGUAGAUUUAAUACAUUUCAUUUGAAUUUAGGUUAUUAGUUCCGAAAUAUGGAACUACCUGA